CUUCCCCUUCCUCCUGUCUUCCUCCUGUCUUCCUCCUCCUUUGCCAGGCCAAGGGCCGGACAAGUCGGAUGGAUGGCUACUCGUUAUUUCCUAGGUGGAACCAUGAAGCAGAUCUGUUUCUGUGCCGCCUCCUCUUUCGCGAACCAAGACUGGAGCAAGAACGACGAGAAGCUUCUGCAGGCCGUGGAAUACAAUGACGCCGACCGCGUCUCCUCUCUCCUCCUCCGGAAAGGUCUGGUCCCCACCAAAUUGGACUCCGAUGGGAAAUCAGCGUUCCACCUGGCCGCCAUGAGAGGAAACGUGGACUGCCUUGAAGUCAUGCUGGCCCAUGGGGCCGAUGCCAUGACCACCGAUGGAUCAGGCUUUGCAGCUUUACACCUCUCGGCAAAACAUGGCCACCCUCAGUGUGUGAGCAAGCUCUUGCAGGCCUCUUGCCCAGUGGACAUGGCAGACAGUCAUGGAAGGACAGCGCUUCAUCACGCAGCUGUCACUGGCUGCAUCUCCUGUUUGGAAAUCCUCUGUGACUUCAAAGCUUCCUUGAACACCAAGGACCAGGAUGGGGCAACCCCUCUUAUUCUCGCAGCCAAGAUGAGCCAUUCGGAGCUGUGCCAUUACCUGCUGCACCGCGGAGCUGCCGUCAACGCCAGAGACCAGAAGGGCCGAACAGCCCUCAUGGUGGCCUGUGAGAAUGGCAAUGUGGAGACGGUGGAGGUCCUUGUCCACGGCGGGGCCAAGGUGGGCCUUGUGGAUGCCACAGGCCACGAUGCGGCCCACUAUGGAGCAGCCACCGGCAAUGCCCUCAUUCAGCAUUACUUGCAGGAGGCAGCCCAGCGUCAUUCUUGGGCCAGCGAGGAAUCCACUGAUUUAUCCUCACAGGCCUCCUCCCCAGGGCAAUCUGGCUCCAAGGGGAAGAAUAGCAGCCCAAGAAAAAGGAAGGCCCCACCUCCACCGUCCAGUAACCCCAACCAGCCUGCUCCUCACCCGCUGGACCACCAGGGCACCUCUUCUGCAGAACGGAGCAGCCGGGUGAUCACAGCCAAGCCAGCCAGAGCACACCAUUCCUCCGCUCCAGCCGAUGCGGAGGAUCGAGACGCUUACGAGGAGAUUGUGAAGCUGCGCCAAGAGAGGGCACAGUUCCUGCAAAAGAUCCGAAGCCUGGAACAACAGCAGGAGAAACAGAAGCAAGAGCAACCAGGGCUGGGAGAUGCUUCACUUCUUAUUCUAGAGAAACAGAUCGAAGAUCUUCAGAAGCAACUGGCCGAGAAAGAAAAUCUGGGCAAAGAGGUGGAGGUGCUCCGGAGCCGUCUCUCAUCAAUGGAGGUACUGGAAAAUGAGAAAGAAAACACCAGCUACGAUAUCGAAACCCUGCAAGACGAAGAGGGAGAUCUGUUGGAGUUCCCAGGAGCCGAGUGUUUGCUGUCGAAAAAGAGUUGGAGCGUCUCGACCGAAGACCUCUUGGCAACCCUGCAGGGCCAAGUGCAGUCGCUGACCCAGAAAAACAAAGAGCUGAUGGAGAAAAUACAGAUCCUGGAGAAUUAUGAGAAAGACGAAAGUGAUGCAGAUGCUUCCGGUGACUUCAUUCCCAUCAUCUUGUACGACUCGCUCAGGUCAGAAUUUGAUCGCCUGAAGGAGCAGCAUGCCGAAGCCCAGGAGGUCUUGAAAACCCUUGAGGGUGCUGGGAACGACGAACCUUCUUGCAAACUCGUCCCUGCGGAGGCUUACGAACAGCUCAAGGCUAACUACGAGAAGCAAAUCGAAGCUCUCCAGGAAGCCCUGGAAAAGACCAGCUCCUUGGCCAACCAGGGCAACAGAGACCAUGAACCUGAUGGCAACUCUGGAGUAGGGCUGGAAGAAAAUGGUGAAGCGGAUACAGAGGUAAGGAAUGGCGAGACUGAGGAGUUGGCCAAAGAGCUCAGCUCGAUGAGGGAGAAAUACCAGGCUGCAUUGGUUGAAGUGAAGCUCCUCCAAGAGCAGAUCGAGUUGGGCAUCCUAUCCGUGGAGGACAAGGAGAUUGCGGAGAACUCCAGGAGUGAACUGGAGAUAGUCAAGGCCGCUUUGCAUCAAGCACAGGAGGACCUCAAGGACCGAGACCAGAAGGUAACAGAUCUCGAACGGAAGCUCGUAGCCAAGGGGGAAGAAAUCGCCAGAGGCUACACCGCUGAGGAGUAUGACGAGAUGAAGACCUCGCUCAGCGUCUCUUUGGAUGAAGUCUCCAAGGAGAAGGAGGCCCUUCAGGUCCGGUGUACCUCUGCCGAGGCCGAGGUGAAGGAGUUGAGGGAAUCCUUGCGGGAGAAGAGCUGUGAGCUUGAAGAGGUCCGAGAGAGCUCUUCAAAGCAUCUCCGGGAAGAGGCUGGAGAGCUGCGCAAAGAACUAGAAGUUACCAUGAAGCACCGGCAGGAUGCAGAAGCCCAGCUCAAGGGUCUCAGAGAAGGACGGCAGGCCUUGGAGGAGGAGCUGCAAGCCACCAAGCAGAGUCUGGCCUCCCAGUACAUCCCCAAGUCGGAGCAUGAGGACAUGGUGGGGCAGCUGAAGGCCUCCCUUUCCAACGCAGAAGGGAAGCUGUUGGACCUAAAGGUGCAGCAUGACUCUGCCCAGAAAAGGCUGGCGGAAUUGCAGGCGAGUGCGGAAAGCUACCGGCGUGAGUCGGUGCCCCUGGCAGAGCAUGCCCGUGCCAAGGAACUCCUGGAAGGGACUUUGUGGGAGCUGAAGGCCAAAGCCAAGCUGUUGGAGCAAGAGUUGAAAGUCAAGGUGCAAGAGGCCUCGGGGCUCCAGGCCCAGCUGGAUGAAGUCCGCCAGGCAGCAGUAUCCAAGGAAUCUCAUGAGAAACUGAAGGCCAGCCUUCAGGGGGAGAUCGAGACCCUCAACGCCAAGCUGAGCGACCUGGAGCGGAAGCACGAGCGCACCUGCACAGAGGUCUUCCAGGUGCAGCGGGAGGCCCUCUUCAUGAAAAGCGAGAAGCACGCGGCUGAGGCUCAGCUGGUGGCCGCAGAGAAGCAGCUACAGAGCCUGCUGGCUGAAUCAGAGAGGAUCCAGGAGCUUCACAGCCACAUCGAGGAUUCAGCCAAACUGGUCAAGGAGAAGGACAAGAAGAUCACAGAACUUUCGAAGGAAGUCUUCAAGUUGAAAGAGGCUCUCAAUGACCUCUCCGAACUGUCCGGCGCGACAUCUCCGAAAGCAUCCUCCCCGCAGAAAGCGGAGAACCGUCAGGAAGCAGCCGCUCUCCAGGGCAAAGUCAAAGAUCUGGAGCAGCAGCUGGUGGAGGCGGAACGGCGUCACAAUAAUAUCGUUUCUCUGUACAGGGGCCACCUCCUUUAUGCCAUCCAGGGUCGCAUGGAUGAAGAUAUCCAACGGAUUCUCUUCCAGAUUCUGAAAAUGCAAAGACUCCAGGAGCAAGGGAGAUGAAACGGAGGAGAGACUACGGAUCUGAACUGGUGGGGUUGGGGCGGUGGGCUUUUUUGUUCUGGAAGCAUGAUGGAGAACAUCUCAAGGUGUUUCCUUCUCCAUCCUCACACAAGCCAGCUCAAGCCCGGAGGGUGGCAGUGGCACCGUUGAAGCUUGCCGCACCAAAUGUAUGGGUCUUCCAAAUCCCGUUCCUCUCGACUUUAUUCUUCCUGGUCUUUUGGAGGGUCAGGAAGGAGGUGUCCACCACCGCCGCCAUCUUGUCCUCCCCAGAAGCUCUGUGCCUUUCAAACAGCUUCGCAGUAGGCAGAAAUGCGUCAACGUCCACCGGGCUUCCACUGUUGCGCUUCCACACUGCACCUGUUGAAUUUCCUCCCACGAUGGCGGCAUCCGAGGCACAAAGUGGUUCUUGAAGAGGCGGAAGGGGAAAGAUGAGAAACUUAGAGGGGGACUCAAUUUGCCUGGGCCAAUGGCAACUAGAACAGGUGGCAAGUUGUUCGCCACUGCUGUUGUUGUUGCCUUCGAGUCGUUUCCGACUUAUGGCGACGACUCUAAGGCGAACCUAUCAUGGCAAGAUUUCUUCCCCUGAGGCUGAGAGAGCAUGACUUGCCCAAAGUGGGUUUCAUGGCUAAGCAGGGAAUUCAAAUCCUGGCCUCCAGGGUUGUAGUCCAAGACUCAAACCACCCCACCAUGCUAGCUCUACCUGCCCCCAAAGAGCCAUUGUAAGGGCUUUUUAUUAGGCUAAGGUUGCUAAUCAACUCGCAGCCAUACAACUUGCCAGGGGCUGGUCACUCAUUCUAGGCCUCGCCUACCUUGCAAGGUUGUUGUGAGGAUAAACGACAGGGAUAAUCUGAAUUUUGACCAGGCGUAGGUGGGCAGGUGAGGGAAACAGAAGGAUGGGACGUUGGUGUUUUUUGGGAUCCCCUUCAGGACAGGGCUGUGUUUAUACUGUGAUUCUGCCUGAGUGCCUCACGAAAUGUGAAACUGGGCAAAAGAAUUUAAAUCCCUAUCCUAAGCACUUAUUGGUGUCUUUAUUUAAAAGCAGGUUUCUAGUCCACAGGGGAGCACUGCUGAAAGCUCAGCCGACGGAAGAGCAGCUGAAGCUUGCAGUGCUCUAGUGAUGCCCAAACUUUGGUCUUCCAGGUGUUUUGGACUUCAGUUCCCAGAAGCCCCAACUGUCAGGAUUUAUUGGAGCUGAAGUCCCAAACCUCUGGAGGACCAAUGUUAAGGAAUCACAAACGGUCCCCAACCUUUGGUCCUCCGUUAGUUUUGGACUCCGACUCCCAGAAGCCUCAGCCAACCUGGCCAAGAGUCAGGAAUGAUGGGAGUCCAAACCGUCUGGAGGACCAAUUGCUCUAUGUACACUUCCCAUUCAGUUCAGUGUGGCUUACUCCUGAGUAGACACGCUUAGGUUUGUGCUGUAAAUAUGACUUUCCAGGGGAAAGGUGCUGUGUAGCUUCUUAUAUCCUUUCCUCUCCCUGACUGACAAAACUUGAAUAAAUUAUACACAUUG